AACAUCCAGCCUCUUUUCUCAAAUCGACUGGCAUCCCUGAUUCAGUGGCAUGUUGUAAACAAAGUGUAAACUUCGUCGUGAGUGGAUGUUUUACUAUUUUAUUAGAAAGUGAUCCUCAAAUUAGAAAAGAAUAGUCCAGUUAUUUGAUUGUUAGUGCGAUUUAGCUUUUGUAGUGUCCAAUGCGCAGUAUGUCCUCUAUCCCAUCCGAGUUCCUGUUUCCUGUGGGCCUUCUAACAGCAAGUGUUCUCACUCUGCGACGAUAUAAGAUCCGAAAGUGGGGUAGGGUUACAGCCAGCUAUUCACUUAAGGGAAAGAUUUUCAUUAUAACCGGAGCCAACACAGGGCUUGGCUAUGAGACAACGAAAGCUUUAACCGCUAGACAGGCCACAACAAUUAUGGCCUGCAGAAAUAUGACCAAAGCUAACCAAGCUGUUCAGAGAAUAAGAGAAGAAACCAAAGAGGGUGUUCUGAUACCGAUGGAACUGGAUCUGGCUUCAUUCGAAUCUAUUCGUAAAUUCGCAUCUGAAGUUGUAAUCAAGUACCCUGAUAUCCACUGUCUGGUCAACAAUGCCGGUUUGGCCGCUCAAGAUCCCGAGUAUACCAAGGAAGGAUUCGAAAUUCACUUUGGCGUGAAUCAUUUAGGUCAGUUUCUUCUAGUAGAUUUGCUAAAAGAACGUCUGAAAGUAAACCGCUCUCGAGUUGUCAUAGUUUCCUCGAGGAUGCAUGAAAUCGACGCCAGUAUUGAUGUGGAAAACCUCGGAAAGUGGAUGCAGUACGGAAGUCACCUAAACCGUCUAUACAACAAUUCUAAACUGAUGAAUUUUUACUACGCCAGAGAACUGUACAAAAGAGGUUUCAACGUACACGUUCUCUGUCCCGGGUUAUGCCACACCGACUUUUUCAGGCAUUACGAUCCAAAGUGGUACCACUAUCUGUUGUUUUCACCGAUUGUGUGGUUAAUGCUUCGAUCCGCCGAACAGGUACCAAAAACUAAACCAGUUGACUGCCAGUUCCAAUGCCAAUAUUCCUUCUUCCUCCAGGGUGCUCAAAACAUCAUCUACUGUGCGACAGACAGCGUUACCGACAAGAGCCAAAAUCCCGUUACCGGAUAUUUUGUAUCGAACUUGAAGAUGCGAAAGUCCAAGUUUCGCUUCGAUGAAAACAUUUCCGUCCGAUUGUGGGAUGAAAGUGUCAACGCGAUUGAAGCUGGAAGCGGGAGAAGCUGAUUUGAUUAGGAUGGACAGGAAUAGUUAUGAUACGGGGUUUUAUCUGUUGUGGUUUCGGGUAGCUAACAUUGUAAAUAAACAGUUCGGAUACAGGUGGUGGGAUAGAGGACACCGAUAUAGGCGCGAUAACCAUUACCCGCGGGUAUAAUUGUGUUGAUGUUUUUGGAAUAAUUAUUACAUUAUGGAUCGCUAAAGUAAUAUACUAACCAUGACUACUUUGAAAACGACUUGUAAAUACGGAGUUUUUGGACUUGUAGGGAAUGUGUGACGGCUUUUACAAAAAGUGUGGAACAUUGUGGUACUUCGAUAUAUUAACAUUAUUUGUUGUGUAAUUGUUACUGUUGAAACGCCUAGAUAUAACAAGGAUUUACCAUAGGUAAAUAUUGUAGAUAGAGAACAAUAUUGACCUUUUUUGGAACACCGCUCAAUUCACUGGUGACUAGCUCCAGGCAUUGGUCGAUUGCUAGACCAAUUUGUGCGUGAAAUUUACAUAAUGUAAACAACACGUACAUUGAACAAAAUUCACUCAAAAUUUUAGUGAAAAAUACCUAAUGGAAAAAGGUUACAGCAAUUUGGAAGUGAUGCAAUGCGAUUUCGUGCACCGUUUAUGCCAUACGGUGUACCCAGUAAGGAAUAAAAGUGUGACGAUAAUUCAUGAUGCAAUAAAAAGUUUUGUAGAUAUAAAUGAGUGUUUUUACUUAGAAGGACUAGAUUAACAAAAAAGUUAUAAGGGAGACAAUUUUCACUGUAACUCAAUGACGAUUUUCACGUUGAUAGUAAUCGUACACAUGUUAUUUUACGGCAUUCAAGAUUUUUGCACACUUAUAUUUAUUUGGAGAUUAGAAGAAUUUAUUACAUAUAACAUUAGUAUAAGGAAUUUAUUUUAUAACAUAAGAUCGCAAGUUCAAGUCUUGCCAGUUGUCAUUUAGCACAUUUCCGUUUUUUUAACCUCAAAUGUAGUGUUAUCGAUAUAACAAAAUUCCUAAUUUCAUCCUGUAGAAUAACGUUAAAUAAAAUAUAUCACAUCAGUUCGGGCAUAUUAAUUGAUUUAAAU